AAUCUCGGGAGCCGGGCAGGCUCCCCGUGUUCUUCCCUUCCCGCCUCCCGCCUCUCCGGCAUGUAGCGGGAGGACGGCGGUAGAGGGGCCGCGAUUCGCACGGGCGGCCUUUCGGACGCGGUGCCGUUGGAAGGAGGAAGGUUAAUCGUGGCCGCCGGCGCCGCGCUGAGGAAAUGGGGCUGGCUGCUCACAGCUGAGUCCGUCCGCUGCCGGGAGCUGCCGCGGCGUGGGCUUCAACCGUUCUGGCAUCAGGGAGGCACGCCGAUGCCGGCCUGUCGCGUGUAAAAUGGAUAACGAAGUCUUCACCCCCGUUUUGAAGAAGUUCACGCGCAGCCCUCUCGUCACAUGGAUUCGGACGUUUGGACCCUUAGCAGAAGAGAAUGGCAACAGCCUGGAGGAAUACCUGACGCUGGUGGAUGGCGUAUUUCUCAACGAAGUCAUGCUGCAGAUCAAUCCGAAGUCCACUAAUCGGAAUGUAAACAAGAGAGUCAACAAUGAUGAAUCAUUAAGGAUUCAGAACUUGUCUAUUUUGGUGAAGAAAAUCAAAUAUUUCUACCAGGAAUGUUUGCAGCAGCUGAUCAUGAUGGCUUUGCCAAAUGUCUUAAUAAUCGGCAGAAAUCCUCUCUCAGAGCCAAGUACUAAUGAAAUACAUAAAAUACUCCUGCUUAUGCUUGGUUGUGCUGUUCAGUGUCAGAAAAAGGAAGAAUUCAUUGAAAGAAUCCAACAUCUGGAUUUUGACACAAAAGCAGCUGUUGCAGCCCAUAUUCAAGAGGUAACUCAGAACCAGGAGAACGUGUUUGAUCUGCAGUGGACGGAUGUCAUUGUAUUUACACAAGACUCUGUUGAACCUCUUCUGAGAAAUAUGGCAUCACAUUUGAGAAGACUUGUAGAUGAAAGAGAUGAGCACUUAGAGACUAUCAUAGAACUCUCAGAAGAACGGGACUCUCUCCAAUUGCAACCUCAGACAUUAGUAGCACAAUCACCUUGUGGAUCUCCUUGCUUGAAAGACACUGAAAGCAAACAGCACCUGACAGUUGAGCUAGCAGAUGCCAAAGCAAAGAUAAGAAGGCUUAGGCAAGAGAUUGAGGAAAAGAAUGAGCAAUUUCUUGACUAUAAACAAGAAUUUGAAGAGGUGGAAAGUGAGUUAAGGAAGCUUCAGCAAGAGAAUAAGAAUUUACUCUCAGAUGCCCGUGCUGCCAGAGCUUAUAGAGAUGAAUUGGAUAUUCUUCGUGAGAAGGCAAUUCGAGUUGACAAGCUCGAAAGUGAAGUCGGCCGGUACAAAGAGAGGCUGCGUGAUAUGGAAUUCUACAAAGCUAGAAUGGAGGAGUUAAUGGAAGACAACCAAGUGAUGCUAGAAACAAAGAGAAUGUUUGAGGAUCAAAUCAAGACAUUGCAGCUCCGUUCUGAUAAAUUACACGUGGUAGAAAAAGAGAAUCUCCAAUUAAAAGCUAAACUACAUGAAAUGGAGUUGGAGCGUGAUAUGGACAGAAGGAAGAUUGAGGAACUUAUGGAGGAAAACAUGGCUCUAGAAAUGGCUCAGAAACGAAGUAUGGAUGAAUCACUACAUCUUGGCUGGGAACUUGAGCAGAUAAGCAGGUUUACUGAUCAUUCUGAAGUGUCACAUAAGUCACUUGGUCUUGAGGUAACUGAACAGACAUCAAGCAGGUUACUGAAAUUGGAAAAGGAAAACCAAGCCUUACUGAAAACAGUGGAAGAACUACGGAGCACAGUGGAUGAUUCUGUAGGAGGCAAUAGUUCAAGGAUUCUGAAAAUGGAACAAGAAAACCAAAGACUGAACAAAAAGAUUGAGGGACUGGAGAAGGAAAUUAUCCAAGAGAAACAGUGUCUUCAGAUCAAUCAAAACUUGACUAAGGAUUUGAUGAAAGAAAAAGUACAACUUGAAAAGAAAUUUGAGACACUUCGAGGAAACUUAGAACAACAAAUUAAACUCCUAGAACAAGAAAACGAAUGUUCAAAUCAAACCAUAGCUUCCUUAAGACAGCGCUCACAAAUCAGUGCUGAAGCACAAAUGAAAGAAAUUGAAAAUGAAAACAAAAUUCUUCACGAGUCCAUUAAGGAAAACAGCGGUAAAUUAAAUAAACUUGAAUUUGAAAUAAAACAAGUCCAGAAAGAAGUGAAACACUACAAAGAGAAAGCAGAGAGAGCAGAAGAACUUGAGAAUGAGAUGCAUCGUCUGGAGAAGGAAAAUGAAGCUCUGCAGAAAAGAAUUGCUAACUUAAAUAUCACUUGUGAGAAGAUAGAGGCCUUAGAGAAAGAGAACUCGGACCUGGACAUGGAAAACAGAAAGCUGAAAAAAGCUUUGGAUAGUGUGAAAAACCUCUCGUUUCAGCUGGAGUCCUUAGAAAAGGAAAACUCUCAACUUGAUGAAGAAAACUUAGAGUUGAGAAGAAGGAUUGAAUCUUCAAAGUGUGCGAGCAUUAAAAUGGCACAGUUAGAAUUAGAAAAUAAGGAGCUGGAGAACGAAAAGGAGCAGCUUAAAAAAAGCCUUGAACUCAUGAAAGCAUCGUUUAAGAAAAAUGAACGCUUGGAAGUCAGCUACCAAGGUCUAGACACAGAAAACCAAAGGCUACAGAAAGCCCUUGAGAACAGCAAUAAGAAAAUUCAGCAAUUAGAAAGUGAAUUACAAGAUUUAGAGUCCGAAAAUCAAACUCUGCAGAAGAACUUAGAAGAGUUGGUUAUUUCUAGUAAGCGCCUGGAACAACUGGAAAAAGAGAAUAAGUUGUUAGAACAGGAGACUUCUCAACUGGAAAAAGAUAAGAAACAGCUAGAAAAAGAAAACAAAAGACUUCGACAACAAGCAGAAAUUAAAGACAGUACUUUAGAAGAAAACAAUGCCAAAAUUAACCAUCUGGAAAAGGAAAAUAAGUCUCUGUUUAAGCAAAUAGCUGUCUACAAGGAGUCAUGUGUCCGCCUGAAAGAGCUAGAAAUGGAAAAUAAAGAGCUUGUGAAGAGAGCUAGCAUUGAUAAGAAAACCCUUGUCACUUUACGAGAGGACUUGGUGAAUGAAAAACUGAAGACCCAACAAAUGAAUAACGAUCUAGAAAAACUUUCCCAUGAACUUGAAAAAAUAGGCUUGAACAAGGAGCGUCUCCUGUGUGAUGAGCAGAGCAGUGAUGACAGGUACAAACUUUUGGAGUCAAAAUUGGAAUCCACUCUUAAGAAAUCUCUUGAAAUAAAAGAAGAGAAAAUUGCUGCUUUGGAGGCUCGUUUGGAAGAAUCAACAAAUUUAAACCAGCAACUCCGUCAGGAACUUAAAACAGUGAAAAAGAACUAUGAAGCUCUCAAACAAAGACAAGAAGAGGAAAGAAUGGUUCAGAAUCCUCCUCCAAGAAAGGGAGAAGAAAAUCAGUCUGUCAAUAAGUGGGAGAAAGAAAACCAGGAAACAACUAGAGAAUUACUGAAAGUUAAAGAUAGAUUAAUUGAAGUGGAAAGGAAUAAUGCUACACUUCAAGCGGAGAAGCAAGCACUGAAAACACAAUUAAAGCAGCUUGAGACACAGAAUAACAAUCUGCAGGCUCAGAUUCUUGCACUUCAGAGACAGACUGUUUCUCUGCAGGAGCAGAAUACAACUCUACAGACUCAAAAUGCCAAACUUCAGGUUGAAAAUUCUACCCUUAAUUCUCAAAGUACAUCUCUAAUGAAUCAGAAUGCACAACUGUUGAUUCAACAGUCUGCUUUAGAAAAUGAGAAGGAAGGUGUGCUCAAAGAGCUGGAAGAUCUGAAGUCACUGUACGAUUCACUUCUCAAAGACCACGAAAAACUGGAGCACCUACAUGAACGCCAAGCUUCUGAGUAUGAGUCACUGAUUGCUAAACAUGGAAGUCUUAAAUCUGCACACAAAAAUCUGGAGGUGGAGCAUAAGGACUUGGAAGAUAGGUACAAUCAGUUGCUUACACAGAAAGCGCAGCUGGAAGAAUUGGAGAAAGUGCUCAAAACAGAGCAGGAGAAAAUUCUGCAGCAAAAUGAAGAACAUGAGACUGUGGCAGCAGAGUAUAAGAAACUUCGUGAUGAAAAUGAAAGCACAAGAAUGCCAGACAAAGUGCUGUGCAGUGUGGAUGUGGACUGUAGAGAGAGCAACCCACCGCUUGCUCAUACACACGAUCAACUCUUGAAAGAGAAUGAAGUUCUGCAAACUGAUCAUAAGAAUUUGAAGACUUUACUGAACAGUUCCAAGCUGGGACAAACACAAUUAGAAGCUGACUUCUCUAAACUCCGAGAGGAGUACCAACUGCUGGAUAUUAAAUGUACAAAAAUAACUAACCAAUGUGAGCUGCUUAGCCAGCUUAAAGGAAAUAUGGAGGAGGAAAACAAACAUCUACUAGAUCAAAUUCAGACAUUAAUGCUACAGAAUAGAACAUUACUUGAGCAGAAUAUGGAAAGCAAGGAUCUCUUCCAUGUAGAGCAAAGGCAGUACAUUGACAAGCUAAAUGAAUUAAGGCGACAGAAGGAGAAACUGGAGGAGAAGAUAAUGGAUCAAUAUAAAUUUUAUGAGCCAUCUCCACCCAGAAGAAGGGGCAACUGGAUUACACUGAAGAUGAGGAAACUGAUGAAAUCCAAGAAGGAUGUUAAUCGAGAACGUCAGAAGUCUGCAACCCCUACACCUACCCGUUCAGAAUCCAGUGAAGGAUUUCUUCAGCUGCCCCACCAGGACAGUCAGGAUAGCUCCUCAGUGGGCUCAAACUCUAUUGAAGAUGGACAAGUCCUGGGAACCAAGAAGAGUACUAUGGUUGCACUGAAAAGACUGCCCUUUUUGAGGAACAGACCGAAGGAAAAAGACAAAAUGAAGGCCUUCUAUCGUCGCUCCAUGUCCAUGAAUGACCUGGUGCAGUCCAUGGUCCUAGCAGGAGGACAGUGGACAGGUAGUUCUGAGCAUCUGGAGGGUCCUGAUGAUAUAUCUGCGGGUAAAAGGAGGAAAGAAUUGGGAGCUAUGGCCUUCUCUACUACAGCUAUCAACUUUGCAACUGUCAACUCUUCUGCAGGCUUCAGAUCCAAGCAGUUGCUAAAUAAUAAAGAUGCUGUGUCGUUUGAAGAUGUAAGUCCACAAGGUAUUAGUGAUGAUUCUAGUACAGGAUCAAGAGUUCAUGGAGUACAGGACAUUAACUGUGCAGAUGCUCUUGCUCCUCCUGUUCGUGGCAUUUCAGCAAUGUGCAAGGUUCCCUGUCAGAUCUGUUCUUCCAGACCAGCCAGCCUUGAUAGUGGCAGAACAUCCACUAGUAAUAGCAAUAACAAUGCUUCACUCCAUGAAGUCAAAGCAGGUGUGGUUAACAAUCAAAGCAGACCUCAGAGUCACAGCAGCGGAGAAUUCAGCAUGCUACAUGAACACGAUGCUUGGUCAAGCAGCAGCAGCAGCCCUAUUCAGUAUUUGAAAGGUCAUACAAGGUCUAGUCCUGUGCUUCAGCAAAGAACACCUGAGACACUGGAUCGUGGUGGAAGAUGGAUCAAAACUGAUUCUCCUGGAAGUGAGGUUGUUACCCUGCAGCAGUUCUUAGAAGAAAGCAACAAAAGUACCUCAAGUGAGAUGAAAUCUGGGAGUGAAGAGAAUCUUUUAGAUGAAGUAAUGAGAAGUUUAUCAGAGUCAUCUGAGCUGACAGGGAAGGAAAAGCUAAGAAAGGCAUCUGCUGGUUGUGGAAUUGUGAGGUCACUGAGCGUAAAAAAUCCAGUUGAUUUCUCAGAUGGACGAUCCAUUAAACCAGAGCAACUCGUAAGGCCCAGCCUUCGUAAAACAGAAGAUGCCUAUUUCACUAGCUCCCCAAUAAAAUCUACAUCGGGCACUCAAGGGAAGGCCAAAUCAGUGAAAGAAAAGAUGCAAACAGCUGCAUCACAGCGACAAUCAAGGGAUUGCAAUCCUUAUGCUACCUUACCUCGUGCGAGCAGUGUGAUUUCUACAGCAGAAGGAACUACUCGAAGGACAAGCAUUCAUGACUUUUUGUCUAAGGACGUUAGGCAGCCUGUUUCUAGUGAUCCAGCAACAUCCACCGCUGACAGAAGUGCUCCAGCAACAUCUAAUGUGGAAGCUAUCCCAGAAAGCAGAAAUUCAAAAUGCAGGUCUAGGGAGCAACAAAGCUCCUAAAUCUAUUACCCACUACAUGAGAUGUGGGCCAAGUGAGAGAAAAGUGUCCUUCAGUGUCUCAAUAUGAAGCCUUUAUUUCUGAAGUAAACAAGACAGCAACUGUAGGAAUCAUUAAUAAAUAUUAAGGGAAUUUUUUACGUUCUUCGUGACUAGAGCAGGCAAGAAAUAAAAACCUACCUACCUUCCUUCCUUCCUUGAAUCAAGGAGCUCUACUGGAGUCUGCUGCCGAAAACUUGUAGAUGGUCUUAGGAAUUAUUGCACAUUGCACUGUUAAGAUCUACUGAAUAAAGGACAGUUCUCAUCUCCCUAAGGACCAAGAAUUUUAAGGUCUCAAGAAUUACUCCAGGAAAAAAAAAAAAAGCAAACAACUUCUUUCAGCUUCUGUUUAUGAAAUUAGCCACUGAUUUGCUUAAGCUUCUGCUAAUACUUAGCCAAAAAAGCCCAACCCAUAACUUGCAGUUUAUAUUUACUUCUGUAAAUUUAAAAUAAAUGCUGUAGUAUUUUGUUGAAAGCGACUGUAUAUACAGACACAAAGACCUCUCAGCUUACUGGCACUUCCCUGCCUUAUCAGUUAGCAUAAUCUGCAUGGAAUGGCUCUUAUAAAGUUUAUGCUGAUUUCUUUUUGUUGCAUACUGCGGGAAACAAUUGUUUACAUACAUGAAAACAUUUGAUCACUAACAAAUGUGGGGGCUCAUGGGAUAAUCGUAUGAUAUAGGAAAUGUUUGUGUUCUUCACAUUCCCGAGUUGUUCUGCAUAUCUGUGUUCAGAUGUUUUUGACAGGAAAUUGUCAGGUAUGAUUUCUCUGUAACUUUUAUUUCAGCGUAAGGCUGUGUUCAACAAAUGGCACUUCCAGGAGAGGGUUGUCCUGCCAUGUUUGUGUACUGACUGAUUUCUUCUUUCAUUGUUUGUCUUCUGACAUGAGUUGAUUGCAGCUUAGGUGGUUUCUUGAUGGCAAAAAAGAAAAAACAAAAAAAAGGGAAAUAACGUGUGUGCAUUUCACAAUCAAUUCCCCUUAAGGUUAUCUUGUAUUACUAAGAUACAUUUUGUUGGUUAUUGACUUACAUUAAAGUCAACACGUGUAAUUGGUACAUUCAGUGGUUGUCUCGGAAGCAUUUGCAGUGAGCUCAAAGGAAGUGUACCUGAACUUAGAAGCAGAUUUAACAUUACUGUAAUCCUUUUUUAUUUCUAAACAGUAGGCACAUUCAUGUUUCUGUUCUCAAGGGUUAAAUUAGCUGUGUAACCUCAUGCCUGAUCUUCCAGUGCAGCUCUCUGUUCAUGUAAAGUAAGCAGGGCUCAGUCCUGGAGCUGCAGUGCUUGUAGAAGGAUCACACUGCUGCUCAGACUGCCGUACGGCCGCUGCAGCUCCUUUCACUUCCUCUUUUUUCUUGAGGCGUACAGGUUGUGCCAUGUAUGAAGUCUCAAGCUUUCAGGGACAAUGGGAACAGAAUCAUUUUCCACCUGAGAGGGAACGCAGUUCCACGGAUUUAAAACGUACUGGCAAGUUGUUUCUUAUUUUACAGAAACUUUGUCAAAAAGGAAAAGAGAAAAAGAAAGUUCAGGAAGUUUAGAGUUGGAAAUUUGCUCCUUUUAUUUUCCUGAAAGUGACUUCCUUCUGAAAUUCUUCUUUAUGAUGGAGUGUGUUACAAGAUCUCCAUCAGAGUCUGGCAACAUAAAUGCCUUGUUCAGCCUGAGUGUUUUUCCACAGAGAACUUACAGGUUUUUUUUUCCACUUGAGUGAAACUAGGAUGAACUUUGCAGCUCUACACCUUAGAGGAGUUUGAUUUUUUCCUCUGAUGAUGUUUCUGGUGUUUAAAUUCAUUAGCUGAAUUUCAGCAUGAACUCAUACAAGUGUCUCAUUCUGGUCCCCUUCUUCUCAGUGCCAAGAUUUCCAUUGCUGCCUGCAGAGUGGUGUCAUUGUUCAGUGAUUCCAGGAGUGACCUGAAGCCCAGAGCGUUCCUGACAUCCAGUUCCACAACAUUUUUUGCAGGCAGUCUGAGGUCAGUUGCAUGUGGAAUAACUUCCUGUGCUGUAAUUGAUAGCACAGUCUUUUAGGGAAGGAUUCGGGGCGCUCCAGGCUGCAGCGACAGCUUCCAGGUGUCACAGGCCGUACUGCAGGUACUGCUGUGUCCCUGUGUGCAGUCAGAGCUCAGGUAUUACCGAGGUUCUUCCUCAAUACAAAGUGAGCCAGAGAGGAGACCCCUGGUGUGCUCUCAGAGAAAAUUAUUAAGCAAUAAAAACUUGAUGUCAGGCCAGCUUUCUCUGCCAUUCCUGUGCUGCAGUAGAGGCAUAGCCAUAGGGACCGAAGGAAAACUUGCCUUACAGAGUUUCUUAGCCAUAGCUGUUAGGAAAGAUAAUUGAAAUAAGUAAAUACUAGGAAACUAAUUCUCCAUUUUGCUACUCUCAGGUUUGUUUCAGGGCCUGAGUGUUGGUGCGUUCUCCCAGUACCUCUCCUUGACAGCAGAGGACUGAUGCGCUUGAAGCUUUUAAACCUAACCAAUUCAUAGUGUCACUAUUUCUAGAACUCAGUGUGUCUUCAAUUAACCCAUGGUGCCAAGCAUUGCUUGUACUGCAGCAUCUGUGCAGCUGUGUGUGCUCUGGCGUGCCGCAUACUCGAAGACCUGGGAAUAUUGCCAUGGCUGACGUGUGGCACACAGCCAGGCACGUGCAGCCUUUUGCCUUCACUACACGUGGCUGUGUCAUUCCUGCAUGGGCGCUCCCCUGACUUCUCAUUUUUGGGCUCUUUUCUGUAUUCAUUAAGUUGUCCAGAAUUUCCCAUCAUGGCCGGGGUGCUUAGUCACAAAUGUGAGAGUUACCACAUAGCAUGUAUGGAAGGUGAAAAGCCUUUGUCCAAAAACCUCGGUGAAUUUUCCUUGUUUGGGAGCAUUGGUGGGGAUGUGGCAGCUGAAUUCAUCCCACUAGUGCCGGUCAGGGCUGUGUGCCAAAGUGCUGGCUGGUGGCCCUGCACCAUUCUUGGCAGGCUUGGAGCUGCUGGGCCAGCAUCAGGACAGAGACCACAGGGGGAUUUGGUUUGUAUUCACCAAGAUACACCAAAGCAGCACACACCAGGAAUACAUUUUCAUUGAGAUCAGAUCCUAAUACUCCCAGUGCUUACUGUGUGGAGACAUUUCAGAGCAGAAGAGCAGUCAGGAAGCGCUCUGUACUCUGAUGCCUUUCCUUUCCAGACUGGUAUAACACCUCUGUAAGGCACCUCAUCUUUCCAUACGACUAAAAACCAAACUAUCGAUGUAAUUCGGGGGCCACCUCCCCUUCUCUGAAACACAGCCUCCCAGGGCGCAGCACAGCGGCUGUGGGGCAGCCCACAAGAAGAGCACAUCACUGUUAGCAGCAAGAGUUGAGUUGCCAAAUGUGUCACUGUGAGUUCAAGCUUACAGAGUUUGUUUUCAUACCGUACAGUGUAGAAUUUCCAUUUGCUUUGCUGAUAGUCUGCUGUUAUUUAGCAACAUUCCCAACUUUGUCCAAGACAUGGUGCAGCCUCACCAGAGCUCACGGAUGAUUCUUAGAGGUAGAUGAUAACGUAUAUGUAAAUAAUGCUUUGAUAUUAAUAAAACUGCCUUAAAGGAAUGUACCUAGGUGUGAAACAAAACUUAAAAAGCUCUUAUUUAAAACUGUAAUUUCCUUUACAUAUUGAUUUUUUUUUUAAUGUUUGCCAUUGUAUACAUUUAUUAAUGAUGUUAUUAAAAUACCGAACCAAAUAAUUUUUAUCCUUAUUUUGUGUAUAUAUAUUGAUACACACAUGUUCUGGAAACUGAUGUUACUGGAAGGAUAUUGGUGUUCAGUGGUGGUUGUGCUCGGUUGGUGCUGUGUUCAGUAUUUCUUCUGAAAGGAAACCUAUAAAACUGUAGCAGAAA